CGAUCCUUCCUUGGGAAAGGCGAGGGGAAGGAACCUGGCCCUGCCCGGAGGGCUGUACACCCUCCAGCUCCAGGGCAGAUGCCUUGCCGGCCCAGCCGCUGGAGGAGCCCGACUGGGACCGGCCGGGUUAGAUGUGGAGCCACAGCCUGCGCCUUGUUCUUCCAGCUGCCGGAGGAGCCCGCCUAGGACAGGCUGGCUUGGUAGCAUAGCCCCCGCCUGCCAGACAAGCCAGCUUUGGACAGGCUGGUUUAGAUGCAGCCCCCUAUGCCUUGCCUCUCUAGGUGCCAGAGGAGCCUGCCUAGGACAGGCUGGCUUAGAUGUAGCUCUGUGCAUCCAUCCUGCCAGACUAGUCCUCCUGGGACAGGCUACUUUGGCUUGGUUUGAUUUAGUUGAGUUGAGUGAGUGUUUGCUGUUUGUUUGGUUUUUUUUCUUUGGCCUUCCAACCAUUUGCCAGCUUUUAGUUGUCAUGAUGGUUUAGAUAGGCUGGCUUGGUUGAGUAGGUUUUUUGGGUUUGUGGGUUUUUUCAUUUUGUUGUGUUUUGUUUCUUGGACUUCUAACCGGUUGCCAGCUCUCGGGCAUCACAAGCAAGCACUCUGUCUCAGCCCCUGCUGGGAAGCUGUGGGCCCCAGUUCAGCAGAAUUCGUUAAUCAGUGCCCAAGCCUGUUGACCCUGUUCAGGUUCACCCACUUGCAGCCGUGCGGGGGUGUGGAGAGAAGGCGUGUGGCAAGGGCAAGGAGCAGUUGUGGGUGGGUUGGAUUGAGUGGGGGUUGAAGUAGCCAGGCCCAAUGCCAGUGUGUGGUGAGUUGGGGGUGGGAUAAGCAGCCAGGCCCAACAGCAUCCUGCUGUUGUUCUCUGUCUCUGAAAAGACACACCAGCUUUCAUCCAUGCAGGAAAAAACGCUCUUUUAACCCUUUCAAGAGCACUGAAAGGAUGAGUGAUUUUGGAAUUAAGAACAUGGAUCAGGUAGCUCCUGUGUCUAACCUCUACAGAGGAAUCCUCAAGCGUCAGCCAGCAUUUGACACCUUUGAUGGAGCAAAUUCUUUAUUUGCUGGAUAUUUUCCCACAUUAAAUGAAGAUCAGACGCUUCAAGAAGUGCCAACAGGCUUUGAUUCAACUUCUUAUGAGUCAAACAACUGUGAAUUGCCACUCUUGACCCCAUGCAGUAAGGCUGUGAUGAGUCAGGCCUUAAAAGAUACUUUUAAUGGUUUCACCAAAGAACGGUGUCGCCUGGGUAUUCCAAAUAACCCUUGGCUGUGGACUGAAAACCAAGUUUGUCAGUGGCUCUUAUGGGCUACCAAUGAGUUUACUUUGUCCAAUGUAAACUUUCAUCAGUUCCUCAUGAAUGGCCAAAACUUGUGCAGCCUGGGCAAGGAACAUUUCCUGGAGCUGGCACCUGAUUAUGUGGGAGACAUUCUGUGGGAACACCUGGAACAGAUGAUAAAAGACAGCCAAGAAAAGACACAAGAUCAGUAUGUUGAAUCUUCUCAUCUCACCUCUGCCCCUCACUGGGUCAACAACAACUCAUUAAGUGUUAAUGCGGAACAGAACCCAUAUGGUAUGCUGCUACCUAGCUACCCCAAAACCCUCAGUUACUCCAAACCCGAUCUCCUGAAUGAUGUGUGUCAGACUUCUGCAAGACCAAACCUCCUCAACCCAGAUCAAGAAUUUCCAAUAUUCCCCAAAACUCAACUAGAACCAGUUGGUGUGAACUACUGCUCCAUGAACCAGGAUUUCUCAAGAAAUCUGAAUUUGCUGAUAGAUAAUUCUGGUAAGCUUAGAGAGCAUGAAUCAAGUGACAGUGGCACAGAAAGCUAUGAAAGCUCAGAUUCCUUGCUUCAGUCCUGGAACAGCCAGUCAUCUUUAGUGGACUUACAACGUGUUCCAUCCUAUGAAAGUUUUGAAGACGACUGUAACCAGUCUCUGUGUCUGAACAAACCUACAAUGUCUUUCAAAGACUACAUUCAAGAAAGAAGUGAUCCCGUAGAGCAAGGGAAACCAGUUAUACCUGCAGCAAUUCUAGCUGGCUUUACAGGCAGUGGACCUAUACAACUAUGGCAAUUCCUUCUGGAGUUACUGACUGACAAGUCCUGUCAGUCAUUUAUUAGCUGGACCGGAGAUGGAUGGGAGUUUAAACUUGCUGACCCAGAUGAGGUGGCACGACGGUGGGGAAGAAGGAAAAACAAGCCAAAAAUGAACUAUGAGAAGCUGAGCCGAGGCUUACGCUACUAUUAUGACAAGAAUAUCAUCCACAAGACUUCAGGGAAACGUUAUGUAUAUCGCUUUGUAUGCGACCUACAGAACUUGCUGGGGUACACAGCAGAGGAGCUGCAUGCCAUGCUAGGAGUGCAGCCAGACACAGAAGACUGAGCACAGCAAUCUCAAAAACUGGCAGAGAUCACGUGUUCAAACUGUGACAGGGAACCAUCUGCAGGCAGCUUUUUUGACUGUUCAGAUUGGUGCAACUGUUAAGAAAUAAGGGCCUUAAAGAAACAAUGUUGUAACCAGGGAAAGUUGAAGGAAGAAGUGGCCUUAUUUCAUCAGAUGCAAUGGCUUCAUAAAUUGCUGCAUCAGUCCCUUGAGCAGAACAGAAGUCAGCACGGGGCCAGACUCCAGCCUGAAGACAAAGAAAGGCUCUAGGAUUAAAUGUUUUUUUUUUUUUUUUUUUUUUUUUUUUUUUUUUUUUUGGCUGUGUGCACUGCCAUAUUCAUCUGGGUGGUUUUUAAAACCAAAGCUUGGAUGAGAGACCAGGGAUGCAUCAGAAUUCUAGCUCAAAACUUAAAUUAUCACUAUAGCUUACAUUGUAUAUUAUGAUCCAUUUAAAAAAAAAAAACACUAUUUAUUUAAAAUGGGCAGUGAGAAGAAUCUGUAAUCUCUUCUAAAGUACAUCUUUGUUAUACAUGAGCAUACUGCACAUGUACAGAAAGGCGUCAGAACCAGGUAUAACAGUUGUAAAGUUCUCUCGGCAGAGGGGAAGGAAAUCUCACCAUUUCAACAGUCAAUUUGUGUAUACUGCGAUUUUAUUUUAUUUUAUUUUCCUUUUUGAAAUUCUGUAAUGUUCCUAUUUAACAGAUAUUGUAUAUUGUAAUUUAAACUAAUUGUAUGUGUGUGUCUUUAGGGGGGGGGGUUGUUUUUUUUUGUUUUUUGUUUUUAAAUAGGAAGAAAGUAAACAUAAAUGUUUGUUUCAUGUUUGAAUAGGACAUACAACCUUCUACAAAUAUUUAAUCUGCCUGAGGGACAUUAUAAAAUGCUAGGAAUAUGCACAUGCUGUUGUAUAUGCUGGUAGUAUAAAAGUCAUACAGAGGGUUUCAUUCAACAUUUUGCCAUGAAUGUAGCUGGCCAAUUCUUUACACAUUUUGGCAUCUUUACAAGAAACUUGGACAUAAAGGGCCUGUUUUGUGGUUUCUCCUCUACCUGAAAGUGAAAAUAUUAAUGUGGAUAAAUGUCAUUUUUCUUUGAUAAAUGGCAUAUGUUUUGAACUUCUAUGCAUGUCCUUUUAAAACAAUUUGUAUACAAGCAAAUUUUUUUCAGUUGAUUUGUUUUUUUCUUUACUUUUUUUUUUUGUGUUCCAGUUUAUCCUGUAUAAUUAAAAUAUGAAUUCUAUUUUUGGAAAUAUUUGUGACUCCUUUUCAGAGAUCAGGAGGAAUUUAUGUAGCAGCUAUUUUUACUGCAAAAACGAUUCACUGGAAAAAUGUAAUUUGUAAGAAAGCUUUUAUUUUUUAUCUGAGCUUGAUGUACAUUUAAAUGUGGUGUACAUUGUGAGAGGUUUAAAAAAAAUCAAAUGUUUAUUAAAACCUCUUGGGGAAAGAAA